CCGGCACACGGCUGGCCAAAUUCCAGCUGAAGGUGAAAGGCUACCCCACGCCCCGACUGUACUGGUUCAAAGACGGGCAGCCCCUGACGGCUUCUGAGCACAUCCGCAUGGCUGACAGGAAGACACUUCACACCCUGGAGGUCUUGUCGGUCACCAGGGAGGACGCUGGCCAGUACUCAGCCUACAUCAGCAACGCCGCGGGCGCCGCCUACUCGUCCGCUAGGCUGCUGGUCCGGGGCCCCAAGGAUCCUGAAGAGAAGCCAGCCCCAGAUGCACACCAGCAGCUGGUGCCGCCCCGAUUCCUGGAAAGAUUCGCCUCCAAGAAAGUGAACAAAGGCUCCAGCAUCACCUUCUCAGUGAAGGUGGAAG